UAAUCAUCAGGAUUGCUAGUGUGAACGUUUAUUGGAUACUAAUGUUAUCUGUUUUCUGAUAACGUACAACAUUUUACUAUGUAAAUAAUUUGUAUUUAACAAGCAUUCUGUGAUACUUGCUUCGACGGAAUUCGUGGUUUGUGAUAUUUGUUUGGCAGGAUUUGGAUCUUAUUGUGUUUAACCAGUACCGACCAUGUUCGCCAAUAAAGUUGUACUUAUUACGGGAUCAACUUGUGGUAUUGGCGCGGAAACAGCUGUGGAAUUUGCAAAAUUGGGUGCAAAUGUAGUUAUUACUGGAAGGAAUGAAGAAAACUUAAGGAGUGUAGCUAAACAGUGUGAAGAAAACUCACCACAAAAAGCAAAAGUAUUGCCAAUAGUUGCUGAUAUAAAUAAGGAAAGUGACAUUGAAAAUAUAAUAAAAGAAAUCGUCGACAACUUCAACCAACUUGAUGUGCUCGUUAAUAAUGCUGGAAUUAUGCAAUCAGGUUCUAUAGAAAAUACUUCAUUGCAACAAUAUGAUGAAGUGAUGACCACUAAUGUUCGAGGACCUUAUUACUUGACUAUGCUUGCGACGCCGCACCUUGUAAAAUCUAAAGGUAACAUCGUUAACGUUUCAAGUGUGUGUGGUCUGCGAUCUUUUCCUAACAUUUUAGCUUACUGCAUUUCGAAAGCAGCAUUAGAUCAAUUCACGAGGUGUGUCGCCCUCGAGCUUGCGCCAAAAGGAGUUCGUGUUAAUGCUGUAAACCCUGGAGUUAUUACUACUGGACUUCUCCUCAAGAACAUGAUGAAUACUCAGCAAUAUGAAGCAUACAUGGAGAGGUGUAAAACAACUCACGCAAUAGGCCGACCGGGUGAAACGAAGGAGGUUGCGUCCGUUAUAAUAUUUUUAGCCAGUGAUGCAUCCAGUAACAUUACUGGGGCUAAUUUACCAGUGGAUGGUGGUCGUCAGGCUAUGUGUCCUCGAUAAAAAUGUAGAUAAAAAAUUAUACACUGUCCGAAUAAAUAUGAAUAUGAAUGUA